AUGGCAGUUUUGUCUACAUCGUCUCAUAUCGGCUUAUACCAGCCAACGAAAGGAAACCCUGGAGGUAAAGUACCCAAGUCCGGAGCAGUCGGCUCGGCCGGCUACAUGGGGAACAGAUGGGACGAUCGGAUGUCAUUUGCUGGGGCGCACUGA